GUACACGCGCACAUGACACUACGGCCGCGGUAUGUGUUCAAAUGCUGACCACAAAGGAAUUAUUAGAGUUAGAUCCUGCCCCAACAACAUUGAGACUUGAUCAUCUUUUUGAUUGAGUGGUCGUCUCUAAGGUUGUGACAAUGGCAUCAACAUCACCACUCGACGCUCAGCUGCAGGAAAUCCUCAAUGAUGCGCUGAGAACUACAUCAAUAGAGGAAGCAUUUUGUGGCUUCAUCCUUCACUCCCCUGAAGAUGACAGGAACAAGGUUAUGUGCUGCAUCGACUCCUUCAACCGAUUCUGGAAAUCUCUUGCUGCUGAGUCACAUGAGCUUGUCUUGGGGUUCUACGUGACCCACAUACAUCGUCAAAAGUCUCACCAACGGUUAAAGCUCCUGUGUGAUAUGCUACUGAUGUCAGCAGAUCAACAUGGCAUCCCAGCAAGAAUGCUUUGUGAAGCUCUCUUGUCCAACCCUAGUCUUGAUUAUAAGUCAUCUGAACCAUGGUGUAAGACGUUUCAGCUCGUAGACAGGAUUAUUGUCAACGUGGACUACAAGGGAUGCAGAGAUCUCCUGAGGGUGAUCUUAGAGAAGAUAGAGCUGAUUCCAGUCACGGUCAACGUCUCUGCCUCGAAGCAGCUUGAUGCUGCCGUUAAGGUUCUCACCCACAUCCUAGACAGGAAUGCUUUCCUACUGCCGAGCUACUUCGCUGUCAAUGAACUCAAAAAGCUGUUCCCAGAUGACAAUCCAAACACUCAUUGGACUGUUGGAGAGUUGGUUACCAACUUCAUUGACUCAUUCAGGCCUACUGCUCGAAUGGUAUCCAUCACCGGUAGGCCGUGCCUCUUGCCGGUCGUUGGUCACUUCAACGCCACUCAUAACUCUUGGAAGUUGGACCCUAUCACGUUGAUGUUCCCACUUAAAGGACUGCUUCCUUAUGACAAGGAGCAGACCCAGCGCCAGACUAAAUUACUACGCUAUGUUUUGGAACAGCCUUACUCAAGAGAUAUGGUGCGGAUGAUACUGGGGUUGAACAUCCAGCAAAAGCAACGGUGUCUAGUCCUGGAAGAGAUGUUAGCAGACCUAGUGGUCGUUGCCAUGGAACGUACGGAGCAGACUGAUGGGUCAUUUGAGCUUGGCUGCCCCACGAAUGCCCUCUGGCAGCACCUGUCAAGUCAACUCAUCUUCUUUUUGCUUUUUAAUUUUGCCAGCUUCCCACACAUGGUGAUGUCACUUAAUGAAAAGCUGUGUAAUCGUCGUCUGACCAAGGGACGUGAUCAUCUGAUGUGGCUUCUGCUCCAGUUCAUCUCUGGUAGUAUUAAGAAGAAUCCACUCAGUGAUUUCUUUCCAGUCUUGAAGCUCUUUGAUAUAUUCUUCCCAGAAAAAGAGCCUCUACCUGUCCCAGACAUAAGUCAUCCACAGUGUACACAUAGCCUGGCCAUGGCUUGUAUCUGGAUUCAUCUGACACGUAAAGCACAGAGUGAUAAGGUGUCAUUACAGAGACCUGCACUCCCAUCUCUCAAGCUGCAUCUAGAGUUCCUACAACAGAGUUACAACUGUACCAACCUUCCAUUGACUGACUAUCGUAUUGCCAUGCUAUGCAAUGCAUACAGUACAAGUACCGAUAUGUUCCCUCGCCCCAUGGCUGUUCUGGUUGAGAGUACAUACAGCUCUGGGAAGACCACUGUCUCCAUGCCAGGUCCUGGGAUGUGUGUUGCGUCUGGACCCACCACACCUCUCUCAAUGAGCUUAUUGGAUUCACUCACUGUACAUGCCAAAAUGAGUCUGAUUCAUCACAUUGUCAACAAGAACAUCAUGACCGCUAUCCACCAUCAGGCCACAGCUGUGGCUCUAUCUCCAGCUCUGGUUGAAACCUACAGUAGACUCUUAGUCUAUACUGAGAUCGAGACUCUCGGCAUCAAGGGAUUCAUCUCUAAAGUUCUCCCCAGUGUCUGUGAAGCCAAGGCGUGGGGUAUGCUACACACACUACUGGAGUUAUUCAGCUUCCGUUUACAGCACAUACAGCCACAGUACAUCGUCCAGCUAUUGUGUAAUCUACACUCACUCAGCAAGAUCCCACUAGCCAAUCAGAAUCAACUGUAUCAAUGUAUUGAGAGUACAGCAUUACGCAUCAUCACUGGGCUAGGGAGUGCAGAUGUUCAGCCCCAGCUGUCACGUUUUCUCACAGAGCCCAACAACCUUCUCUCAGCUGACUCGGAGGAGUUGAACCGUGCUUUAGUUCUCACUCUAGCAAGGGCCAUGCAUGUCACUGGUUCAGAGACGCUCUCAGGUUCCUGGUGUAAAGACAUCUUAGCUACCCUGUUUGCCAACACUCCUCAUAACUGGGCCUCCCACACCUUGAAGUGUUUCCCUACUGCCCUCCAAGAAUUCUUUGAGGCUAACCCCGCCAUUCAGGAAGACCGCUCCCUUCUCAAGAAGACCGUCGAGGAUGAGCAUCGAAAAUGGAAAGCAAUGACCAACGAAGCAGAGAUUCUAAACCGGUUUGCCAGCCAAGGGACACAGUCGUUAUUCCUCUGCUUGAUUUGGAAGAUGCUUCUAGAGAACGAGCCAAGUCAUAUCAAUCCAGUCGCGGUCAAAGUCAUUGAGCGUAUUGGUCCGAGGGCGCUCUCCAAACACAUCAGAACCUUUGCAGAUUUCCUGGUGUUUGAAUUCUCGACCUCUGCAGGGGGUCAACAUGUCAAUAAGUGUGUUGAGACGUUGAAUGACAUGGUGUGGAAACUCAACAUCAUCAGCUUGGACAGACUCAUACUCAACUUGGCUCUGCGUAACCAUGAAGGCAGCGAGGCUCAGGUGUGUUUCUUCAUCAUUCAGCUUCUACUCCUCAAACCCAGUGAAUUCAGGAACCGUGUCAACGAUUUCAUUAAAGACAACUCCCCUGAACACUGGCUGCAGUCUGACUGGCACACCAAACACAUGAACUACCAUAGAAAAUAUCCAGAGAGAUAUUACUACGAAGGUAUGUUGGAGUUGACAGGAACGACCAUGAGUACACCCUGUCAGAAUCUCCCUGUGUACUUCAGUAACGUGUGUCUCCGCUUCAUACCGGUGUUUGAUAUUCUCAUCCAUCGUUUCUUAGAGCUUCCUCCCGCCUCUAAGUCACUUGAGAUUCUCCUAGACCACCUUGGAGGACUCUAUAAAUUCCAUGAUCAUCCUGUGACGUAUCUGUUUAACACUCUUCAUUACUAUGAGAAGAAACUCCGAGAUCGUCCCCAGCUGAAGCGUAAACUCAUCGGAGCAAUCAUCCUGGCCCAGAAGUCCAUCAAACCAGCCGGCUGGUGUCUGACUCCUCCAUACUUGGAGUACAUCAACAAACCUGGGGAAGAUGUCACAUGGGAUCCAGACCAUGACUAUUACUGCAAGCUGAUUGGACGAUUGGUUGACACAGUGUCAGGCAAGGCCCAACCUCAGUUCCUGAAUAUGGAUUGGCGUUUUAGUGAGUUUCCUAAUCUAGCAGCCCAUGCUCUUCAUGUAACGUGUGUUGAGCUGAUGGCCCUUCCUGGUCAGGGUAAAGUGGUAGGCAACGCUCUACUGGCAGUCAUCUCUAAGAAUCCUGGUGGUGUACAGAGGGAUGAAAUCAUGGCUUGGAUAAACACAAUCGCUCUGGUGCUCACCUCGCUACCCUCUUGUUACUGUGAGGUGAUCCAAGAUCACAUCUUAGAUGUUCUCGUCAGCGAUCUCCUCGUAGGUAACCAGGUCAUACAAGGGAGCGGCAUUCUUAAUAACAUCUUCGCUGUCUUUGAUUUCCGGGGGACGCAUUCUUCCCAUACUGAGAUGAUGUGCGCGUACGUGUUAGCCAUGACUCACGCUGUGUGGCAUCACUCUAAUAUUGGCCAGCUCACGCCACUUCAACAAUUCAUCCGUGAUCAGGUGAAGCCACUGGUACAGACUGAGGAACAAUACCUCUUUGUUUGUCAUCUUGUCGGACCUUUCCUCCAGAGGUUCCAUGAAGAGAGAACACGCUUACUCUUUGAGAUAACCAAGGAUCUCUAUGAGAUGUUACUUGCAGUUGACCAACACUGCAGUAAGAUUGUUCAUAUGGAUGUCAUCAGUGACUUUCUCUAUCAUAUCAAGUACAUGUUUGCUGGUGAUGGCGUCAAAGCAGAUACUGACCGGGUGAUUAAGAAUCUCCGGCUGGCUUGGCAGCAAAGACUACGCUUCAUCAGUAGAGGAGUGGAUCCCACGGCCAACACUCAGACCACAAGCUGAGAAAGAAGCGCUGCCUAUUGGCCGAGGUAUAGUUGGUUGCACGAUGGUCGGGCGAUGGAAAUCUUGACGCCAAUCAUAAAAAGACACAGUUUUUAGGCCUCAGCGAUGAAUAUAAACUGU